AUGCCGGCCACCGGUCGCCGCUCCAGGCGGGUAGCCGUCCUACGCUGCAUCAUCGCCGCGCUGGUCGUCACCGUGCUCCUUGCCGGCCUCGCCGUGCUCGUCUUCUGGCUCGUUGUCCGUCCCAAGCCCAUCGAGUACACCGUGACAGGUGCCCUCGUCAAGCACUUCAACAUCACGGCGCCGCCCGCCGCCGCGCUCAACGCCACCUUCUACCUCACCCUCGCGGCGGACAACCCGAACCGGCGCGUGUCCAUGCGCUACGAGUCGCUGGAGCUGUACGUGCACUACGGCGAGGGCGAGGGGGCGCCGCAGCUGGCGGUCGCCGACGUGCCGGGCUUCCACCAGCCUAGCCGGAACGAGACGCGCCUCGAGGUGCGCGCUGUCGCGCGGGCGGCGCCGGUGGCCGACCGGGCCGCGCGGGAGCUCGACCACGACCGCGCCGCCGGCCAGGUGGCCGUGGAGGUGCGCGUGAGCGCGCGCGUCUGCUUCGAGGUCGGCCGCGUCAGGUCCAGGCACUACGACAUGCGGGCGGUCUGCUCGCCGGUGGUCAUCGGCUUGUCGCCCAAGUCGGCGCGGUCCUUCGCGAGCGUGCCGUGCGACGUCGCCAUUUCGUGAGAGAUCGAUGUGCUGCUACCUCACGAUCGAAUGGUGUGCCUGCAACUAACAGAUUUGAUUUGGGUGUCCUGCGAUGAGUUGAUUGGAUUACAUCUUCGAGUCUCUACCUACUCUCUAGAUGCAUACUUCAAUUUGUGUGCUCUCAUUUUUUCUUUUUCCUUUUUUUGUGUGAACGACUCCUCUUUUUCCAGUGUUUGUAUAAAUGUAUGUUGAUGAUUGGAUUUCUUUGCUAUAAAGGCACGUACAGUGACUGGGGAUACACUAUUUUCGUGAUAUCCAUUUCA